AACAGUCCGCAAUCAUUAAUCGUCUUGGAUAAAAUUCGAUUUUUUCUGUAGUUAAACAGAAUAAAUUACCAAAAUUAUCUCCUAAAAUCGCGAAAAAUCAGUGUCGAUCGGAAAAUUCAUCAAUUUUAGUUGGAAUCCCCUUGUAAAGUCCUCAAAAUGCAAAAAUAAUUCAAACGUAAUUGUGCCGAAAAAAUAUAUGUGUGUGAAAAAAAAUCGAAGAAAAAAUUAUUAGAGCUCAAAAAAAUGUAAGAUAAAUAAUUUAUGAAAAAAAGCGAGAAAUAAAUUCAAAGAUCGUAGCUGAUAAAAUUGAAAAGUUUAAAGUGCGAAGAUCUCAAGUCUGCUAAAAUUGCAAUAAUUUGUGUACACAUCGCAUAUACGACGUGUUCAAAGUGACGUAGCUCGCAUUAUUUACUUAAAAAAAAAUAAAAUAAUAAUAAUUAGUAAUUGAAGUAUUGCAUGCAAAAGUAUUGUUUCGUUUCUAUCUCGAGAGUUAAUAGACGUUUUUAUUUAUUUAUUUUUUUUCCUCUUAAAAGACAAACUUUGAUCUAAACGAUUUGACCAACAAACAAAAUAAUAAUUGUAAAUGUUUUGAAACUUGAGCCAGUCUCGUCGUUGUCGUCGUAGUUCAUUACCUCUUUUAAUUGUAAUUGCCGCUCGCGUACUUGAAGUACGCAGGAAAAACGCUAAUCACACGGUGUACCGUCAAGGAUAGCAAAAGUAACACACACAAAAUAAUGAGUAACAACGGAAACAAUGCCAUGACGUCGUCAGUUACGAAUGUUAGCAUGACCUCGAGUCAACCAGUGGCAUCGCGACCCGCAUCUGAGCCACUCAGAGACACCAUGAUAACCGGCAAUACGCCUCCCAGUGCAUCCAAGUCGUUCGUUGAUGACAAAAAGAUGCGUAGAACAUCAUUACAAGUACUUCUUCCGCAUAUGCCGUCAAGCGAUAGCUUAAUUUCGAGCAGCAGUCCUGGCCCUUCAUCUCCACCAGGUCUGAAUGUGUGGAACGAGAGUGGAGCAAAAAUCGAUACGAGCACUCCUAUUUCUGAUAAGAUGACACACGAAAGCAAGUUGAACCGCAAAGAGUCGUACAAGGCACAACGCAAAUCCUACCGGAUGGAGAAGAAACGUGUUGCGGCCGAACUGCUGAAUUCCAUUCAAGAUCCGACAGUUGUGGUGCUCGAGGAUUGGUUGAAGGUGCGUGGCACGUUGAAGUCUUGGACUAAAUUGUGGUGCGUUUUGAAGCCGGGAUUGCUGCUGAUUUACAAGAGUCAAAAGGCGAAAAGUAGUCAUUGGGUUGGAACGGUUCUGUUGACCAGUUGCCAGGUUAUUGAGCGUCCCAGUAAGAAAGAUGGAUUUUGCUUCAAAUUGUUCCAUCCGCUGGAUCAGUCGAUUUGGGCGCCAAAGGGACCGGAAAGGGAGACAAUGGGAGCUGUCAUUCAACCACUUCCCACGUCAUAUUUAAUCUUUCGCGCCGCAUCUCAGGCAGCAGGAAAAUGCUGGAUGGACGCUCUCGAGUUGUCAUUACGGUGCUCGGCGUUGCUCAUUCGUUCCGUAAGUAACAGCAUGGCUCCUGGCGAGAUCACGGACGUUAAUCAAACGGGCACGGAACAAGUUUGGUCCGACGCUGAUUACGAAAAACAUUUUAUGGAACACGAUCUAGAUGACGUUGAUAGUCAGGUAGAAGUUACGGCAUUGCCACCGUCAGAUGGCGGCGAUACAGAUUCCGAGUCAGAAAAUGGAGACAAUUCCAAAGAAUGUGACGAGUUUCCGGAAACUCCGUACGUUUUUGCGCCAGAACCGGAAUUUGGUGGGGCUGGAGAACAAGUAGAAGAGCUGCCAGAAGAACACAAAAGCCUCAUCUGGUUUUUGGUGAAACAAGUCCGUCCUGGCAUGGAUUUGAGUAAAGUUGUGCUUCCGACGUUCAUUCUUGAGCCGCGUUCCUUCUUGGACAAGCUUUCGGAUUCUUACUAUCACGCCGAUAUUUUGGAAAAAGCUGUCUCUUUGGACGACCCAUUUCAACGCAUGAAAACCGUGGUUCAGUGGUAUUUAUCUGGAUUUUACAAGAAACCCAAAGGCUUGAAGAAGCCUUACAACCCGAUUUUGGGCGAAACGUUCCGCUGCUACUGGGAACACCCGAACGGAAGUCGCACUUUCUACAUUUCGGAGCAAGUUUCGCAUCAUCCGCCAGUCUCCGCGUUCUACGUAACUAACCGUCAAGCUGGUUUCUGCAUCAGUUGCAGCAUCUUGGCCAAAUCCAAGUUCUACGGCAACAGUACUUCUGCCAUUUUAGACGGGACAGCGACUUUGACCCUCUUGCCACGUGGCGAAAGCUACACUUUGACGAUCCCCUAUGCGCAUUGCAAGGGAAUUUUGAUGGGAACUCUAUCCAUGGAGCUUGGCGGCAAAAUCACAAUUGAUUGCGAAAACACAGGCUACAAAACUGAGUUGGAGUUCAAGUUGAAACCCUUUAUCGGCGGCUCGGAAUACACAAAUUUGGUCACAGGUAAAGUUAAGUUGGGCAAGGAAACGUUGGCAACAAUUAACGGGCAUUGGGAUUCCGGGAUUUUCAUCAAGGAAGGCGGUCAGGAGAGUGUUUUGUUCGAACCGACGCCAGAAAUCCGCUCGAGUCGCUUAAAACGUUACACAGUCCCGAUGGAAAGUCAAGGUAUGUUCGAGUCGGAGCGUUUGUGGCAACAUGUCACGGCGGCAAUCGAUCGCGACGACCAAGUUGGCGCAACAGAGGAAAAAACCGCUUUGGAAGAAGCCCAACGUGCUGCCGUCAAAGAACGCAAAGCCACAUGCACCGAAUGGACCCCGCAACUUUUCACCCAAGACAUCAUCACGGGACACUGGCACUACAAAUAUGCCGAUUUGCGACCCUGGGACCCCAAUAACGACUUAAAGCAAUACGAGAGCGGUUAUCGCAUCCAGACAAAAACUAAGCAUCAAGCACCUAUGGUCCGCACCGCGAGCAUCAUCAGUUCCGAACCCAUGACUUUGCUCCAAGCUGAUUCGCGGACCUCGUUGCAAGCCCUCAAGGCACAACGCAAAGCGCUGGCAGCCUCGCGAAAAAUCUCGAGCAACUCGACACCCGAUCACACGGCAAACACGUCCGACGACUCGAACGAAACGAAGCUGUCGAAGGGAAAAAUUGUCGAAACGCUCGAAGUCUUGACGAAAAAAGUCGAGGACCAGACGACGCGCAUCGUGCGCUUGCAACAACACGUUGACCAGCUGCAGGCGAAAGAUAAUCUCUUCAAGCCGAGUAACAUUCUUGUGAUUGUUGUUGUGGUAUUUGCGGUGCUAAUGAACACCAUCCUCACGGCAGUGAUCAAUAAAAGACAGCAGUAAAGCUUUAUUUUACUCCGACGACAAAAUUGCAUGCAUUGCCGGGUUUUUUCCAGGAAAUUCCUCUUUUUUCUCCAUCUAUCUAGUCCAAGCUUUUGAACAAACAAAAAAUCAAUAUUUUUCUACAGCCGCCUUUGUAAUCACUCGAGCAGACAUACAGGCAUCAAGCUACCUUUCGAGUCACACAGCCGUCCGAACUAACAGCAACAACAACAAAUAUAAUUAUUACAAGAAUGCAUUUAAUCAUGUUUCGUAAAAGAAAACUACUUAACUUCGUAGAAAAGUUUUUAAAAUUGGUAGAAGAAAAUAUUUAAAAAAAAAAUUAAGAUCAUCAAAUUUUUGAAAAAUUUUCGAUUUAGCUCUAAUUUUGUACGCUACGGACGAACAACGGUUGGGAUUGAUCUCUCAAGGGAUCAGAUUGACUCCCUAAUGAGGUAAAAUUCACUUAAGGAAUCAAUCUGAUCCCUUUAGAGAUCAAUCUGAUCUCUUAAGAUGUUAAUUUGAUCACUUCAGGAGGUUAAUUUGAUCUAAUUUGAUCACUUAAACCUUCUGAAGUGAUCUCUUAAGUCAAGAGAUCAGAUUGUUUCCUUGAAGAGGUACAUUUCACUUAAGGAAUCAAUCUGAUCUCUUAAGGAAUCAAUCUGAUCUCUUAAGAUGUUAAUUUGAUCACUUCAGGAGGUUAAUUUGAUCUAAUUUGAUCACUUAAACCUUCUGAAGUGAUCUUUUAAGUCAAGAGAUCAGAUUGUUUCCUUGAAGAGGUACAUUUCACUUAAGGAAUCAAUCUGAUCUCUUAAGAUCUUAAUUUGAUCACUUCAGAAGGUUAAUUUGAUCUAAUUUGAUCUCUUAAACCUUCUGAAGUGAUCUUUUAAGUCAAGAGAUCAGAUUGUUUCCU